AUGGCAGCGCUGGGGAUCGCUCCACCACGAGUGCUCCGGCGGAAACUGAGCAGAAAAAGUAAGCUAAUCCUGGUGAUCGUCGGUUAUGGGAGAUGCCAGUUUCGGAUGCCCUGUGCUUCUUUCCUAGUUCAUUUGCUUUUAGCAUUGCUCAUUCAUUUCACAUCUGGAGAAACAGAAGUGAAGUUCAGUGGACAAACAGAAUUUAUAGUUAAUGAAACAAGUACAACUGUUAUACGUCUUGUAAUUGAGAGGACAGGGAAGCCUGCUAACAUCACAGCAAUUGUGUCGAUUGAUGGAGAAAACACAGGAGACUUUUUUGACACAUAUGCGGCUGCAUUUAUACCUGAUACAGAAACAAACCGAACAGUGUACAUAUCUGUCUGUGAUGAUGAUCUCCCAGAGGCUGAUGAGACAUUCACAUUUUACUUGACACUACCAAAACCAUCUGCAAGGAUAAAGCUUGGCUCACCCAAAUAUGUCACUGUAACAAUCUUAUCAAAUGACAAUGCCUUUGGAAUAAUUUCUUUUAACAUGUCUGCCUUAAUCACAGUGAAUGAGCCCAGGGGCAGAAACGAAUUUGUGCCUCUCACUCUAAUUAGGGAGAGGGGAACCUAUGGGACGGUCACCGUAACUUUUGAGAUAGAAGAUGGACCAAACCCAGCUGAAGAAGACUUAAGUCCAGCUAGGGGAAAUAUUACAUUUACCCCUGGGAGAUCAAUGCUGAUUUAUAAUUUAACACUGCUUGAUGAGGAGAUACCUGAAAAUGAUGAAUUGUUUGUUGUUCGUCUGAGGAACGUGGAGGGAGGGGCUGAAAUCAACAACACAAAAAAUUCUGUUCAGAUUAAUAUUAAGAAAAAUGACAGCCCUGUGCGUUUUGUUCGAAGUGCUUAUAUGGUGCCCGAGGAAGUUGAUGUGCUGACAGUUCAAGUGGUUCGUGGUAAGGAUGACAGUGGAAAAUUAAUUGGACCUGAUGAAUAUGAAGUCUCUGUCACUUACGCCAUCGUAACUGGGAAUUCAACAGCACAUGCACAGCUUAAUGUCGACUUCCUAGAUCUACAGCCAAAUACAACUAUUGUUUUCCCACCUCUAGUUCAUGAAACUUAUAUAAGAUUUAAGAUCCUUGACGAUGCCAUACCAGAAAUUGCUGAGACCUUUCAGAUUAUGCUUCUUAAGGACACUUUGCAGGGAGAUGCUGUUUUGGUUAAUCCAUCUGUUACUCAUGUCACCAUCCAACCGAACGAUAAACCCUAUGGAGUACUAUCAAUCAACAGUAUCCUGUUUGCUCAGACUGUUAUUAUUGAUGAAGACCAAAUUUCAAGGUUUGAAGGGAUCACGAUUGUCAGAAGCGGUGGAACGCAUGGGAAUGUGUCCAUUACCUGGGUUAUAACCCGAAAUAGCAGCGAUCCCUCACCUGUGACUGCAGACCUCAUCCCAGAGACUGGGGAGAUAUGUUUUCAUCAAGGACAGAUGCUGGUAACGCUUCCUCUGAACAUUAUUAAUGAUGACAUACCAGAAGAGGCAGAGCCCUAUCUUCUGAAACUCGUAGCUCAUACGACGCGGGGAGGUGCAGAAGUCAGUGAACCAUCUGAGCUUCUGUUUUACAUUCAGGACAGUGAUGAUGUUUAUGGCCUAAUAAAAUUUUAUCCUUUGGAGAACCAGAAGAUUGAAAGUAAUCCAACGGGACGCUUUUUAUCCUUGAGUUUUGCAAGAGAGAGAGGAACGGUUGGAGAUGUGCAGCUGGUUUAUACUGCACUGUAUAUUCCAGCUGGAGCUCUGAGUCCUGAGAGAGCGAAAGACGGCAUUCUAAAUACGUCUAGAAGAAGCAUUCUCAUGUUUCCAGAAGGAAAAACACAAGAUACUUUAAAUAUACCGAUAAGAAAUGAUGCAUUCCUUCAAAAUGGUGGUCAUUUCCUUGUUCAGCUGGAAAAAGUUGAGCUGGUGAAUAGAAUUCCUCUAGUCCCACCUGUGAGUCCUAGAUUAAGUGAGAUUCGAAAUAUUUCUCUGAGGAUUACUCCGGAUAUUGCAAAUGGAGAAAUAGGCUUUACUAGCAGUCUUCCACUUAUUCUUUCUGAGCCAGAAGAUUCCCUUGCUACAGUGGUUUCCAUCGCAUUGCAUCGAGAUGGGACUGAUGGUCAAGCAACUGUAUUUUGGAGUUUGAAACCCUCAGGUGUCAAUCAAAAGGCAGUAACACAUGAUGAUAUAAGUCCUUUUAAUGGCUCUGUUCUUUUCUUGUCUGGACAAAGUGAUACUACAAUCAACAUCACUAUUAAAGCUGAUGAUAUACCUGAAAUGAAUGAAACUGUGUUAUUAACUUUAGACAGGGUCAGCGUGGAAAAUCAAAUACUGAAAUAUGGGUUUACUACUUGUGAAAUUAUUAUUUUGGAAAAUGAUGAUCCCGGAGGAGUGUUUGAAUUUUCUCCCUCUUCCAGAGGUCCCUACAGUAUCAAGGAGGGGGAGUCUGUUGAACUGCAGAUUGUUCGCAGCAGAGGAAGUCUUGUCAGGCAGUUUCUACGGUACACUGUAGAACCAAGAGACAAUAAUGAGUUUUAUGGAAGCACAGGAAUUCUGGAGUUUAAGCCUGGUGAAAGAGAGAUCAUAAUUACUCUUCUGACAAGGAUGGAUGGGGUUCCAGAGCUGGAUGAGAUGUAUUCUGUGGUACUCAGUGGCUACAGUGAAAUGCCAGGCAAGUUGGGGAAUGCCACAAGGGUCAAUAUAACCAUUCUGAAGAACGAUGAUCCACAUGGUGUCAUUCAGUUUCUACCUGAUGAGCUAUCAGUAACAAUAAAGGAAAGUAAAGGAGAAAUCAUCUACACUGCUGCUUACAGAGUUGUAAGAAACCAGGGAAACUAUGGCAAUGUUAGUGUGUCUUGGAUUGUUGACCCGGCAUGUACUAAUGACAUCUAUCCAGAACAAGGGACUAUUUUCUUUGAUAAUCUGGAGUUUUCAAAAAAUAUCACCAUUUACUCACUGCCAGAUGAGGUACCUGAAGAGGUGGAAGUAUUUAUCAUCAGCUUAUUCAGUGCCACUGGUGGAGCAAGGCUGGGCAAUAUAACCAGUGCAAUUUUACAAAUUGCAAGGAAUGAUGAUCCCAUUUAUUUUUCAGAACCGCUGACAGUGAGCGUUAAAGAAGGAGGUGUUGCAAACUUUACAGUCCUGAGGAAUGGAUCUGCUGACGUUGCUAUUGCUGUCCAGUAUAUUACUGUUAAUGGAGAUGCAACAGCUGAAGAGGGAGACUUUGUUCCCAGUGGAAAGAGCAGUGUUAUUUUAUUUGAUGUUGGAGAAAGAGAGCAGAACUUAACUGUGUAUAUUAAUGAUGAUGAUACCCCUGAAACUGAUGAAACAUUUUAUAUCUUCCUUUUGAAUUCCACAGGAGAUACUGUUGUCUUUGAGGCUGGAGUGGCUACGGUUAUUAUUGAAGCAAAUGAUGAUCCUAAUGGAAUUUUCUCCUUAGAGACUUUAGAGAAGCCAGUGGAAGAAGGCAAAAGUAACAAUUACAUGGUUUUGAGACAUAGAGGACACUUUGGCAAUGUCUCAUUGACCUGGCAGCUGUUUGAUAAUGACUCUGCCCUGAGGCCAGGAGAAGAGUUCUAUGAAACUUACGGGACUGUGUGCUUCAUGGAUGGUGAAGGAUCAAAGCCAAUAACACUCCAUGCUAUUUCAGAUAGAAUUCCUGAAUUCAAUGAAUUUUACAUUCUAAAGUUGGUGAAUGCUUCAGGUGGGUUUCCUGGUCCUGGUGGUCAGUUAUCUGAAACAAGCCUUGCUGUAACCGUGAUGAUUCCAUUCAAUGAUGACCCUUUUGGAGUCUUUGUUAUAGAUCCAGAAAGCCAGGACAGAGAAAUAGUGGAAGAUGUUCUUUCUGAAGAUGAUCUUUCCUAUAUUACAGACUUCACCAUCUGGAGACAACAAGGCACCUUUGGUGUUGUCCGGUUAGGUUGGGAAAUACUGUCUAGUACCUUCCAAGCUGGAUUGCCAUCAAUGGUAGACUUCUUGUUGCUGGGAUCAUUUCCAAGCUCAGUACAAUCCCAACCUCACAUGAGGCGCCAUCACAGUGGAACCGAUGCUUUGUAUUUCAGUGGAAAAGAGGAUGCAUUUGGGAUUAUUGGUCCGGAAUACCCCUACAGUGGAAAUACUGCAGUAACCAAUUUUACAUUUUCAGCGUGGUUAAUUCCUAAUGUCAGUACUGAUGGUUAUAUAGUUGAAAAGGAUGAUGAUAAUGGGACCUUAUAUUACGGCGUGAAAAUCCAAACGAAUUAUUCUCAUGUUUCUGUAGUGCUUCAUUAUAAAGCAUUAGGAUCCAAUAUGACAUAUAUGGCUAAAGCAGCAGUUCUGAAAUACCUGGAUGAAAAUACUUGGCUUCACCUUCUUAUUACUCUGGAUGACAGUAUAAUUGAAUUUUACAUGGAUGGAAUUCCAGUUCUGGGAGGAAUGAAGAGCCUAAAAGGAGAAGCAAUUGCUGAUGGUGAGCCAAUAACCUGCAUUAGUUUUCUCCUUUUGUAA